CAGCGUGUGUGAAAAGACAAGAGCGAGUGUGCGUGGUCUGAUUCAGGCCUCAUGAAGUGGUUGCGUCUGGGCAGAGCUAUCAACCCGUAGCUGCUCCGACUGGGAAUCCAGUCAGAAGGCAACUGCAAGCGUUCGCCACUCUCUGGGGGGAAGCUGUUCCAUGCUGGUUUUGCCUCCGCUAUGGCAAAAAUCAUUUUGAGACACCUUAUAGACACUCCAGUGCGCUACCAGGAGGAGUUUGAAGCUCGAGGUUUGGAAGACUGCAGACUGGAUCAUGCUCUAUAUGCACUGCCUGGGCCAACCAUCGUCGACCUGAGAAAAGUUAGGGCUGUGCCGCGAUCUCUUUCAGUGGACUCAGCAACUACAGAGAUGCCACCCAAAGAAGGCAGAGCCCGCUUUCAGAUUCUGCUGGAUGUGGUCCAGUUCCUCCCCGAAGAUAUCAUCAUUCAGACCUUCGAGGGCUGGCUGCUGAUUAAAGCUCAACAUGGAACCAGAAUGGACGAGCAUGGCUUCAUCUCACGGAGCUUCACCCGGCAGUACAAGCUGCCAGAUGGCAUUGAAACCAAAGAUUUGUCUGCCAUCCUCUGUCAUGAUGGCAUUCUGGUGGUGGAAGUAAAGGAUCCACUUGAGACUAAGUGAAACCUUAUCAGUUCCUGUUCAUAGGACGUGAAGAAGAUAGUUCAGCAGAUGGUACCUCGGGAAUUUUUGUGUUAUCCACGUUUGAAAUAAUUUGCUAUGACUUUUAUGAAGAUUAAAAAUAUAUACAUAGUUCCUGGUA